AUGUCUGCUAUUUCAACACUAAAAAACUAUCAGCAGCAGCAGCAGCAGCAGCAGCAGCAGAGCAAGGAGGAGGACGAGGAGGCAAGGAGGAGGACGAGGAGGCAAGGAGGAGGACGAGGAGGCAAGGAGGAGGACGAGGAGGCAAGGAGGAGGACGAGGAGGCAAGGAGGAGGACGAGGAGGCAAGGAGGAGGACGAGGAGGCAAGGAGGAGGACGAGGAGGCAAGGAGGAGGACGAGGAGGCAAGGAGGAGGACGAGGAGGCAAGGAGGAGGACGAGGAGGCAAGGAGGAGGACGAGGAGGCAAGGAGGAGGACGAGGAGGCAAGGAGGAGGACGAGGAGGCAAGGAGGAGGACGAGGAGGCAAGGAGGAGGACGAGGAGGCAAGGAGGAGGACGAGGAGGCAAGGAGGAGGACGAGGAGGCAAGGAGGAGGACGAGGAGGCAAGGAGGAGGACGAGGAGGCAAGGAGGAGGAGGAGGAGGCAAGGAGGAGGAGGAGGAGGCAAGGAGGAGGAGGAGGAGGCAAGGAGGAGGAGAAGGAGGCAAGGAGGAGGAGAAGGAGGCAAGGAGGAGGAGAAGGAGGCAAGGAGGAGGAGAAGGAGGCAAGGAGGAGGAGAAGGAGGCAAGGAGGAGGAGAAGGAGGCAAGGAGGAGGAGAAGGAGGCAAGGAGGAGGAGAAGGAGGCAAGGAGGAGGAGAAGGAGGCAAGGAGGAGAAGGAGGCAAGGAGGAGAAGGAGGCAAGGAGGAGAAGGAGGCAAGGAGGAGAAGGAGGCAAGGAGGAGAAGGAGGCAAGGAGGAGAAGGAGGCAAGGAGGAGAAGGAGGCAAGGAGGAGAAGGAGGCAAGGAGGAGAAGGAGGCAAGGAGGAGAAGGAGGCAAGGAGGAGAAGGAGGCAAGGAGGAGAAGGAGGCAAGGAGGAGAAGGAGGCAAGGAGGAGAAGGAGGCAAGGAGGAGAAGGAGGCAAGGAGGAGAAGGAGGCAAGGAGGAGAAGGAGGUCAGCUUUGACAAUGGAUUUGAUUGA